AUGGUUCAUGAGGAAAUGGCACAGGCAGGAGGCGGAAGCGUCCGCGAAGCGCCAGCGCGCGCGGGAAGCAGAAGCAGAGAGUACGACCAUCUCAGGACCGAAGAGAAAGAGAACCGGCGAAGCGGCGGUGGGGGGGAAGAAACGGCGAACGGGCACUGCUGUAGAAGCGAGUAGGGCGGCCGAGGCAACGCUUGUGGCGAACUAUGCACCCGGCUGAUGUUGUUGCGCCCGGUUUCCCUCCCUGCCGUAUGCUAUACUCCUUUAUGUAUGUCCUUGUAUUGCCUUCGGCCUCUGUGCUGUGUUUCUUUUUUUUUUUUAUGACCUCCCUGCCUGCUCUGCUGUGUUGGGUACCUUGAUCUCGCUUUGCUGUUGCCUUUGUUUUUUUGUACGGCUGGCUGUCUGCCCAUCUGCCGCCUCUUUGCCCUGUUUGCUCCGUUACUCCCAUGCCCUGGUGCGCAGUGCCUGGUGCUGGUACGUUACGUUACCCUUUCAUUUUUUCUUUCGGCGGGUGUGGGAAGCGUCCUCCUUUAUUUUUUUUUUUUUUGUUAUUUUUGUUUUGUUUUAUUUUGAUCGGUGUCCGAGGGCUCUUUUCUCGAACAGUAGGUGCGAUACCUGUUCUUUUCUUUCUUUCGAUCAUUUUGUUU